CUGUUGUCAACAUUCUUCUCGCUCUACCUUUUUCUCUCUCCUUGGGACCCUCUCCUCUUCUCCAGUUCUCCUCCUUCCUGCCUCCGCCAUUAUUGUACCAGCCAACCAUUCCGCAACUCCUCUUUUUGUGCAGAGAUGGCCGGCGCUACUGAAGGCGGCGACGCUGGCUUCUGGCUGCCCCCUGAGUUCCUCACAGACGACGAUUUCCUCAUCGACAAACAGAUUUUUAACAGAAUCAACUCCGACACUGACUUCGUCUUCCCCACUGAGUUCCCCUACGAGCUUGUGGCGGUGCCGGCGGCGCCUCCGCGAGCGGCGCCGUAUUUCGGAACGUGCGCCGGUAACGGAAGACCUAACGCCGGCCUCUCGUCUCCGUUAACCGCUCGAUACGACGCCGUUGGAGAUCUAAUCUACCGUAACCGCCCCGCCGUCCGCGAGCGAAAUGACCGUUUUGCCCUUCCGCGUUACCAUAUGCAGGGCUUAGUACAUAAUGAGGGCGGCGGAGCGCCGUGGAGUUACAGCCGCCCGAGCAGAGGAAUGGUACUUCAGCCCGGGCGGGAGAGAGCGGUUCUAUGCGGCGGCGGUGCGGCGGAGGCGAAGAAGGCGUGCGCCGGGACGGGAGUGUUCUUGCCGCGAAGAUAUAGCCGCGACGGCGAGAAACCUCAUUGGGCAGAUGCUCGCCGGAAAACAGGUUGUUCCCCUGUUGUGUUCCCGUCUCCGAGCAGUGCUGGCAGCACCGAUGUUUUUUCGUGGCCACAGCCGAGCCACUGCAUUUUCGCUCAAGAUUACGAUAAUUGGAUGGCAAUGCGCAAACACGCCGCAUUGCUUCAGCAACAGCGGCAGGCGGCAAUCGCAAGUUCAGCAGCGGUGGCGCGUGUCCCGCACGAAUGGACUUAUUAGGAAGGAGGGAGGCUCAGAAUAAAUUUAUAUAUAUAUGGAUAAAUGACUAUAAUGUUAGAAAAUGUUGUUAUUACAGGCAGCAGCAGCAGCAGCGUAAAGGUGAAAAGGAUUUAUUACUUUGGUUUGGUUCUAGUGUGCAGAUGUAGGAAAAAUAUAAAUAUAUUGUAUUGAUAAUAUAAAAAAUAAUAUUUUAUGUUGAAAUAGUUAAUGUUUUAUGAAUGAAUAAUAUUUUUCU